UCCGAUGAUUUAAAAAUCUCUCCAGAAUUGCUGUGCAUUCCCUGCUGAGGCUCCUUCACCCUUGUUGUCCCCAGACUCCAGACCCUAGAGCUGCCAUCUGGCCAUUUCUUGAGCGAUCCCACCUUCUGCUCCUAGAUGUACAGGCAGAAUUGGCAGGAAGGAGCAAUCGGGCACGAAUUUCCCGCUUCGUGCUGUCUCUCCAGGCAGAGUCAGCAGAAUGGUCUCUUGUCUGGUUCCGCAGUGGGGGAUGGAUUGUGGUCUUGGCUCACUUCAGUCGACUCAAAAGCACAGGAGUGCGCCUCGCGACGCUCGUCCAUGCCGCGUAUUCCCCGCGGAAGCAGUUUCUUGUUUUGCGGUUACUGUGCACUUGUUCUGCUUCUUUCGGCAUCUUUGAAUGAUCGUCGUAGCCCGCCAUCAGGUCCCCCGGGUAGUACGACACAAAUGGUACAACUGCACUACGUCCGUCAGUACGUCUGGUCCUAGCUGAGCUACGUUCGUGGACUUUCAGCUCCCUGAUACAUCUGCACUAGGUACACCUGCAUAGGUACAGCUGCACAGGUACAACUGCACAGGUACAACAACUGCUAGUGCACUUCUUGGGGCCACCUCGGAUUUAUUUUGCACUGCCAUCGCCGCUUGCACAGUCUGCUGCCGAUUCUCCAGGGGAUUUCGUUCCCAGAGGAAUUUUUUCCUACUGAUGUCCUGCACUUUCAAAGCAGCCGUUUCCUUCCCGUGCUCAGACGCCGCUACUACCGCCGCCUCGGCGGCUACCAAAAACAUCCCUUAGACGCGUUGAACACGUCGUGACAUCGGUGCUUCUUCGCCUUGACAGCCAUGGCCCGUUCACGCCACGCGGCUGUGAUACGACCCCCCUGCCUCGUGCUUGCUGCACUGGCUGCUCUCAUGCUCUCAGCCUGUGCGCCCAGAGCUGCUGCUGUUCGCCUGCCAGCUACCAGUAACGCCGCCGAUCACUCGUGUGUGAUCCGCAGCUGUGGUGCGAAUGCGUUCUGUGUGAAGAAGAGGGGCGACGCCACGUGUGUCUGCAACGUUGGGUUUUCCAUGGCUUCCACCGGCUGCGUUGACACCUGUGAGCUCAAGGCCUGUGGUGGGGAUGGCACGUGCACCAAGAACGACGCUGGAGUGGCAUCCUGUGUUUGUGACACCGGCUUUGUGCUGCAGGCUGAUGGCAGGACGUGCACUGACACCUGUGAGCUCAAGGCCUGUGGUGGGAAUGGCACGUGCACCAAGAACGCCGCUGGAGUGGCAUCCUGUGUUUGUGACACCGGCUUUGUGCUGCAGGCUGAUGGCAGGACGUGCACUGACACCUGUGAGCUCAAGGCCUGUGGUGGGAAUGGCACGUGCACCAAGAACGCCGCUGGAGUGGCAUCCUGUGUUUGUGACGCUGGCUUUGUGCUGCAGCCUGAUGGGACAACGUGCGCUGGUAUGUGUUGCUGUGUGCUGCCUGACGGCUGGACUUGCACUGACACAUGCGAGCUCAAGCAUUGUGGUGGGAACGGCACGUGCGUGAAGAGCAGCACGACUGGAGAGGCCACCUGUGUUUGUGACACUGGCUUCGUGCUGCAGGCUGAUGGCAGGACGUGCACUGAGACGUGUUCGACUUGCGACGGCAACCACGAAUGCGUGGAGGACGAUGCGGGUGCUAUAUCCUGUGUGUGCAAAUACCAGAUGGUGUCUGGCGCGUGUGUGGGCCCAGCCUCGUGUGGGACAUGCCCUGCAGGAGCCACGUGCACCCCUGCGCCCUACACCAGAACCGCGUACUGCAUCUGCCCCCCCGGCUAUGGCAUGACCGACACUGGCUGCAUCCUAGACGCCACCCCCACCGUCUCUUCGACUAGCUUCACCUUCUACAUGCUGCCAUGGUUCGGCAUAACGCCCGCCACCUACACCGUGCGCGUGACCCUCACCGGCUGCACCAACCUCGCCGCGGAAAGCGCUUCAGACAUCCAGUCUUACGCCGCCGCGGUACGGGCUCCUGGAGGCGCGGGCGACUGCAGUGAGAUCUACGCGUAUGACGAGGCGGGGUGCACUGGAGCGUACGAUGUUUUUGCUGGCUUGUUGACUGGCAGCGGCAUCAGCACUUGGAGCAUUCCUAACUGUAUCGGAUUUCCAUACCGCUCUUUCAUCUGUGUUCAUUGAGCUCGGCGUUCUCCAACCUUUCAAAGCAGCGAGUGAAGGUUUGCGUGGGGGACAGGGCUGACGUUUCAAAAAAAGCCACUCUGAUUUUGCCCCCCAAAAAAAUUCACAAGUCUGAAGGGUAAUUUUUCAAAAAUUUGCUACUAUGAAAUCUCAGUGUCCAAGAGUCAGCGAGUCUGAAAUACUCCGGGUUCAAAAUUGUUGGAAAUAUCUCAAAGGACUUGAGCGUUUCUGAAGUGUAACACUGCACUCGAGGAAGACUACAGGGGAGCACGCGAGUCAACGGAGGUUACAUGAGGGGACGGACAAAGAAUGCGAAAAGACUCGAAGGAUCGCAACUGGAGGUUGCGACUGACCGUUACAACAUCACGGAUGGUAACCGAAGCGGCAAUCGAGUCGCUGUGCGACUCGAUAAACCGUUCCUGUAACUGUACUCUACAACCGCUUUCUUAUCUUCUAUAUAUUGCUGUAUGCUUGUCUCUUUAAAUUAAUCACUUAAACGAAGGGGAGUGUUGGAAAUAUCUCAAAGGACUUGAGCGUUUCUGAAGUGUAACACUGCACUCGAGGAAGACUACAGGGGAGCACGCGAGUCAACGGAGGUUACAUGAGGGGACGGACAAAGAAUGCGAAAAGACUCGAAGGAUCGCAACUGGAGGUUGCGACUGACCGUUACAACAUCACGGAUGGUAACCGAAGCGGCAAUCGAGUCGCUGUGUGACUCGAUAAACCGUUCCUGUAACUGUACUCUACAACCGCUUUCUUAUCUUCUAUAUAUUGCUGUAUGCUUGUCUCUUUAAAUUAAUCACUUGUUCUCAU